UCGGUGAGAAGAUACAAUAAAUCAGACUCUGAUUUAGCAUAUCAAGAGUUUUGAUCAGCCUUUACUUCCACAUAAUUUCUCCCCCAAGUAAUGACACAUCGAAACUACUCCCCACCCUAUCACUUGGACAUCUCCUAUAUAAAAGCAUUCCUCGUUGGAACAUCAGAUAUCACAAAAAAAGAACAAGAAUUGCCCGUCCUCAAAAACAUCAUAACACCCCAGGAACCACCCCCAUCCCCUCGAAGAACUCGAAAACAAUGCCAAAAGAGCAGCCCUUUUCCCUUUUCUUCCUCUCCAUAUUCAUCAUCAUCAUCAUGGUCCCAGGAUCAGAUGGCCAACGCCUGAUCAACUCCACAUGCGAAACCUUCUCAAAGAACGAUCCCAACAUUGACUACAACUUUUGCACAACUUCCCUGCAGGCAGCCCCUGCGAGUCAGUGCGCCACCCGACAAGGCCUAGGCACCAUUGCCAUCCGGCUGAUACGUUACAAUGUCACCGACACACGUUGCCACAUCAAACAGCUGUUGAAGAACAGGAAAUGGGAUCGCUAUGUUAGGCAAUGCCUGAGUGAUUGCUUUGAGCUUUACUCGGACGCAAUCCCUUCUGUUAAGGCAGCUAUGAAGCACUUCAACGCUAGACGGUUUGAUGAUGCCAACGUGGAGAUAAGCUCAAUCAUGGAGGCCUCCACCACCUGUGAAGAUGGAUUCAAGGAGAGGCAAGGCGUGGUUUCACCUUUGAGUAAGAGGAAUGGAGAGACGUUUCAGCUCUCAGCUGUGGCGCUUUCUGUUUUGCGCAUGAUUCAGACAGAGUCAGGCUGAUUGAUUGAUAGAGUAAUCUUGUUUUGGUGUUUGUUUCAUGAUGUUCUGCAGAUUGGAAUUCAUGACUUAUAUUUAUUCAACUUAUGUUGUUUGUUUGUGGAAUAUGAGUUAAUACAGGUUGGUUGGAGAGUUUGUUCACAUUGGAACUUCAAGAUUACGAUACAACUAAUGUUCUUGAAGGGCAGCAGUGUUGUUGUUUUUCUUUACUCAUUGGACUGAGUGACUUGUACUUGAUCUAUUCUCUUUAACUUUAUAUAUAUAUUGGAAAGUGAUGUUAUAUCUUUUCUAUCUUA